AUGUUCGAGUUGCACGGCAGCACGCUCCCUGCCCCGCGGGGCCUGGGCAGCAGAGCCUCGGGCUCUGGCCAGCCCCGCGCGCGGCCGCGGUGCCCCGCAACCGACUUCCGCAAGCGCUCAGACCUCCUGACCCUGGAGAAGCAGCUCGAAAUGAUCGAAGACCGCCGUGCGAUCCGCGUCGCGGACCCUGGAGAUGUUGCGCUGACAGACACCCAUGAGGACCGCGCGGCCCAGGACGCGUUCAUGCGCGCCGGAUCGACCGAGGCGAAUCUCCUCACUGCUCAGAUGAUGAAGCCCGACCGGGAGCAGCCCAGCAUCGCGUCUGAGCUGGCCGCGUACGACGCUGCGACGGUGGGCACGGCGGAUGUUGCCGUCGUGGGCGCGGGGCCGGCGGGGCUCGCGCUGGCCUGGAAGCUGGCGGCCGAGGGGCUCAAGGUUGUCGUGAUCGGCCGGGACCUGGCAUUCACGAACAACUACGGCGUGUGGGUGGAGGAGUUUGAGGCGCUGGGGCUGGGCGACGUGAUCGACAACAGGUGGGAGGAGUGCGUGUGCUACUUUGGGGAGGGCAAGGAGGUGGUGAUCGACCGGCCGUACGGACGCGUCGGACGCAACCUCCUGCGCAGCGCGCUGCUGGGCAAGUGCCGCGAGAGCGGCGUGACGUUCCUCGAGGGCGAGGUGGUCGACGUUGAGGCGGAGAUGGGCGAGGGCACGGGGCUGGUGAGGACCAAGCGCGGGCAGGAGGUGGCGUCGCGGCUGGUGACGCUUGCGGCGGGGGCGGCGACGGGCAAGUUCCUCAAGUACGAGGAGGGCGCGCCGAGCGUGGCGGCGCAGACGGCGUACGGGAUCGAGGCGGAGGUGGAGGGGUACGGCGAGGCGUACCGGGGCCACGAGGGAAAGAUGCUGUUCAUGGACUACCGCCGCCACCACACGGGGGUGUGGCCGGGCUGCGCGACGAAGCUGGUGCCGGGCGAGCACCCCAACGCUGGCGACGGGCUGUGGGGCGCGGCGGGCGAGGACCCGUCGUUCCUGUACGCGAUGCCGCUGUCGGACGGGCGGGUGUUCCUCGAGGAGACGUGCCUGGUCGCGAAGCCCGCGCUGCCGUUCGCGGACCUGAAGGCGCGCCUGUACCGCCGCCUGGCCGCGCUGGGCGUGACCGUGAAGAAGGUCCACGACGAGGAGUGGUCGUACAUCCCGACGGGCGGGUCGCUGCCGGUCGGCGGGCAGGCGGUCACCGCGUUCGGCGCGGCGGCGAACCUGAUCCACCCGGCCACGGGCUACUCGCUCACGCGCUCGAUGGGCGAGGCGCAGCACUUCGCCGAGGUGGUCGCGCGGAAGCUCCGCGAGACGCCCGCGGGCAGCCCGAUCGAGCCCGUGGCGACCGCCGCGUGGGAGGAGCUGUGGAGCCAGGAGCGGCGGCGGCGCAUGGCGUUCAACGUGUUUGGGAUGGAGCUCCUCACGGAGCUGGACCUGGACAUGACCAACAAGUUCUUCCUCGCCUUCUUCAGCCUGCCCAGGGGCCAGUGGACGGGCUUCCUGUCCAACUCGCUGACCUCGGGCCAGCUGCUCCUGUUCGCGCUGACCAUGUUCGCGCUGGCAGGCCCGGAGAUCAAGGCCGCCCUCGUGAGCCACCUGCUGACCAACAGCUCCGCCCGCUACAUGCUCCGCGCGUACCUGCCCUCCGAGGCGACGGAGGGGACCGCGGCGCGGUGA